AUGCAAAUCCGUGGAUUGUCGGAUGCUCACCCCUCUCUCUUGAUGCAGGCCUUCAUGACUGGCCUGCGCCCCUCCAGGUUCUUCUGGUCGCUCGUAGAGCGGCCCCCGGCCGUGGUUCCCGAGAUGCUCCAGCGCGCCAGUCAGUUUAUCGCCGCGAAAACCUGGAUGGCUGGAAAGCGGGAGGAGCACAAAAAGGUCAAGUCAGAGCCGCCUCGACAGCAACAACCCGCCACCUCCCGGCGAAAGUUGGACAGACCUGACCUGAGGCCCCCUCUUCCCGCCUUGAAUUCCUCCCGGACUGAAAUAUUCCUGCAUGAGAGGGGAAAGGGGCUCCUCAGGGACCCUCACCCGAUGAAGAACCCACGGGAGCUCGCGGACCGUUCGAAGUAUUGCCGAUUCCAUCGACAGCACGGGCAUGACACUGAGCAGUGCUACGAGUUGAAGAGACAAAUCGAGGAGCUCAUCCUUAGGGGUCAUCUCGGCCAGUACCUCCGGCCGAACAAAGAGCAGUCGCCUCGCCCAGAGGGCCCCGUCGAGCGACACAUUGAUGUGAUAGCCGGGGGCCCUGCAUCCGAGGGAGGUUCCAUGUCGGGCCGAAAGGCGUAUGCCCGAGCCGCUCCAGACGAAGCCUUGGAACAUGAGCCCGAGCCCGAGAUCACCUUCCCCACCGGAGCUGCCGAGCGACCUGACCACGAUGACGCCUUGGUGAUAUCGGCCAGGGUAGCCAACGCGCAAAUAAGGAGGGUCAUGGUCGACACGGGGAGCUCGGCCGACAUACUCUACUUCGAUGUCUUCCAGAAGCUGGGCCUGUCCAGGGAAAAUCUAAGCCCGAUGUGCUCGGCGCUCACCGGUUUCAUGGGAGAUUCAAUAUCGCCCCUGGGGGCUAUUACUUUGCCCUUGACCCUGGGGACUCCACCAAGGUCGAAGACGGUGAUGACCACUUUCCUGGUGGUCGACCUCCCCACUGCUUACAAUGUCAUACUUGGUCGGCCGACCCUCAAUAAGACAGUCAAGGUCGGAUCUGAGCUACCUGAGUGGGAACGGGAGCAGCUCAUCGGCCUCCUACGGGAAAAUGCCGACGUCUUCGCCUGGUCCCCGUCAGACAUGACGGGUGUCGAUCCAGAGGUCGCGGAGCAUCACCUCAACAUCCCGCCUGACGCUCGCCCAGUGAAACAAAAGCCUCAGCGCCAGGCCCCUGACUGA